AUGUUUGACGAGUUCGUUGAGCACGCCGCCCCAACGGGCAACAUUCACCCGUCCUCGUCCGCUACUCAGUUACAGUACGAGGGGUUUGAGCCUGCGGCAUAUGUCGACGCUCAGCUCGAACAGUUCUCAGCACAGGAUAAUGCACAAGUCUCGAGGCUUUCUGCCCAGGUACCAGUGUUCGACCUCGGACGAGUUCAAUACACACUCCCCGCUCCAUUAGUAUCCCUCGCUGUUUCAUCUGAUGUUUUGGCUAUGGGGCUGUCCUCGAGCGACACUGUACUACUCGUGCUCAUCGAACUGUCGCAUGCGGAGAAAGUCUACAAGAUACCCAUUCCCCGCAGUCCGGCUGAAUUUACGUUGCACAAGAUAUUCCUCGAUCCGUCGGGGAAGCACUUGAUUGCCACCUCUACUCAAGGAGAGAACUGGUACCUUUAUCGCCAAUGGAAGAAGCCGAAACAACUUAGCAGGCAGUUCCGAAUGGUCAUAGAAAGUAUCGCAUGGAACAAGGCCAUGCUUCUGUCCUCGUCGCAUUCCAUGUCUACUCGAGAGUUCCUGAUAGGUACCAGAAGCGGCGCUUUAUAUGAGGCCGUCUUGGACGCUGCAGAGGACUUCUUCAAAUCUCAGGAGCGUUACUUGCAGCAGCUGUAUACGUUGCCAGAAAAACAUCCAAUCACCGGUGUCAGGUUCGAGUUCAUUCCUCCCAAUGACCCAAGAAGUGCGGUAGUCAUAGUCACAACACCAUCGCGGAUAUAUCAGUUCAAAGGCACGCCAGAGCGACGAUCUGAAGAAGGUGGACGGGUGUUUUCAGCGAUGUUCGCCACUUAUCAAAACACCCUUCCCAAAUUCUUGGAACUUCCGAGCAAUCUUACGCACUCUGAGCUUCAUUUCUAUACUCCUAAUUCUGAUCAAGCUUUGUCCGUGCCCAAGGGAAUGGCGUGGAUGACUGGGCCUGGAAUAUAUCACGGUGCUAUGAACUAUGACCCAACCACCGAUGACUACGUAGACUCUGCGUCUCUACUCCCUUACCCUUCGACCAAUCCGUUAAAUACCGUUGGCAGUCCCGUUACUCCAGCUCUUGCACAACCUCCCCUCUCUAUCUCAUUCACUGAGUUCCACUUUGUCUUAUUGUAUGCUGACAAGAUUGUUGCGGUCUGCAAUCUGAACGAGAAACAGACGUGGCAGGAUGUCCUACCUUUGAAAUCGAAUGAAGUUGUCCGAGGCCUUGCGGCAGACCCGACACGGAAGACAUACUGGGUCUACACAAAUCAAUCUAUCUUCGAAUUGAUUGUGUCGAACGAAAGCAGAGAUGUCUGGCUCAUUUAUCUUGAGCAAGGAAAGUACGAAACUGCUCUGAAGUAUGCAAAGACAGCAACUCAACGAGACAAGGUUCUGGCUGCCCAGGCACACGCGUUCUUUGACGAGGGUCGAUACUUUAAGGCCGCUCACUGCUACUCGCAGUGCUCUGUUUCAUUUGAGGAGGUGGCUCUCAAGUUUUUGGAUGCCGGUGAACGCGAUGCACUCCGUUCGUACCUCACCUCACGCUUGGAGCGGACUCGGAGAGCGGACUUCACGCAACGCAUGAUGCUGGCCACAUGGCUAGUCGAAUUCUUCCUCAGCAAAUGCAACGAACUGGACGAUCUGAUAGCGUCAGAAUCGGUCUCGAGCGACGUGGACAACCUGCAAACUGAGCGCACUAUUGUUGAAGGAGAUCUUCGGCAAUUCUUUGAGACGUACAAGUCGGAUCUCGAUAGGACCACGAUAUACGAACUCAUUCAAGGCCAUGGCCGUACCGACAUGUACCUAUUUUAUGCAACAACUGUCGGGGACCAUGCGCGCGUCAUAGAGCACUGGGUCAUUGAGGAAGAAUGGACCAAAGCAAUAGAUGCCAUCAAUCGGCAGUCGGACGUCGAAAUGUACUAUCGUUUUGGCCCCGUUCUCAUGCGGCAUGCGCCUAAGGAGACCGUAGAUUCAUGGCUACGUCAAUCUCUGCUUGAUCCUCUACGACUCGUACCGGCCCUUCUGCAACAACGUACAGCAGUAGCUGACCCUCUUCUGCCCAAUCAAGCCAUUCGGUACCUCAACCACGUCGUGUUUGAACAGCAGAGCACUUCUCCAACCAUCCACAAUCUACUCGUUACCUUCUAUGCAUCACGCUCUGCCUCUACUGACGAUGGUGAUGCUCUCCUGCUCAAGUUUCUUAGCUCCGCCCCUUGUGAACCAAUAUCCAGGAAACCAUACUAUGACCUCGAUUACGCUCUCCGUCUCUGUCAACAGACGGGAAAGAUCCAGGCAUGCGUGCACAUUUACUCCAAAAUGGGUCUUUGGGAGAACAGCGUAGAUCUUGCCCUCGAGAAAGGCGACUUGGAACUUGCCAAGAUUAACGCGGACAUGCCCGAAGAUGACGUUCCGCUUCGGAAGAAGCUAUGGCUCAAGAUUGCUCGUUAUGUGGUACAGGACAAACAAGACAUCAAAGCUGCCAUGCAAUUCCUGGAUAAUACCGACAUCUUAAAGAUCGAGGACAUCUUGCCCUUCUUCCCUGACUUCGUGGUCAUUGACGAUUUCAAGGAGGAAAUCGCUCAUGCCCUGGAGGGAUACUCGGCGCAUAUCGACGAGCUGAAGAAGGAAAUGAAUGAGACAACUCAAACAGCCGAGUCUAUCAAACAGGAUAUAGCCAACCUUAAGAAUCGUUUCGUCACUAUUGACGCGACUGAAACAUGUUCUUCGUGUUCAAAACUGUUGCUCACUCGCCAGUUUUAUGUCUUCCCGUGCCAACACACCUUCCAUGCCGACUGUCUUAUCUCGCUGGCGAAAGAAUACUUGCCAUCGCAUGCAUUGAGGCGAAUUGUUGCAUUGCAGACGGAACUAAUCAAGACUACCCAGAGCGGGACCCUUGAGCGACCCGCCGUGGCCAGCGGUCUCAAUGGACGACAAAACGCCCCCCAACGAAUGCUUCUCUCAUCAAAUUUUGGCAAUCCGCUUCAGAGCGGUACACGGGCUGCAAAUCUUUUAGGGAGGAACCUACUUUCCGCCGGAGAUAAGCUGCGAGACCUCAUCGUACCCGACGCCUUGGCCUCUCUUGUUUCGUCGCCAGGGUGGAUCCCCGGCAUGGGUUUUGGUGGUGGGAAGAAGUCAAGCGGUGAGAGGGAUGCCGAACAGAAGACGGAGAAGCUCAAGAACGAGCUGGAGGAUCUUCUCGCCGGUAGCUGUCCGCUUUGUGAGAGUGUAGUUGCUGGGCUAGAUAAGCCUUUCGUGGAGGCCGGAGAGAUGGAUACAAGUUGGAGUGUCUAAAGUACUGCGCUCGAUAUUGACGUUGCGUCUUGAUUUUGAAGUGUGAUAGAUUGCGUUAGCCGUUGAUCUUUUUGGUUCUCCCAGCUUUACGGCGUAGCCUUGCGGCUUUCCUCGCUCCCAUCUUAACCUUGUCUUCUUCGAGCCUGCGACGCUCCUCUGCGGCUUUCUUACGUUCCAUCGUGAUUUCGCGCCUCCUUUGUAUUUCGGCUUUCUUCUCUUCCUUGAGUUCGGUCUCUAGUUUUUUGACAGCACUAGCUUUUUUCGUUUUUUCCAUCCGCUCAUCCCAUUUAGUUUUAUGUCCCUCAGAGGAUUGAGUCCGAACUGUGGGAGCCUUUCUCUGUUUCCAUGGUUUGCCGGAGAGACGGCCAUUGCUGGAUGAGGCGAGGGGAACUGGGGCUGCUGUGUCGUCGUCCAUGUCCAAGGCGGGUGGUGGGAUGGUCAGAG